CAACUCAGCAGUCUGAGCGCGAUGACACCUCCCAAGUUUGUUGUGUGUCUGACAUGUCUGCUCCUGGAGACAAUAGCUCGAGUGGCGACUCAGAAAUUCUCAUCUCAUCGUCAAGAGGCUCGUUUUAUAUCAGCUGAUGUUGGUGAUAGCUUGACUUUACGGUGUUUCUAUGAACAAACAGAUGCAACAAGGUUUUACUGGUACAAGCAAAGUCUGGGACAGAGACUGAGGCUCAUCUCCAUGUUCUACAAGUUUAACAAAGAAGCCACAUUUUAUGAUAUUUUCAAGAGCAACCCGCGCUUCACACUGGACACUGAAACAGGAAACAAUCAUCUGAAGAUAACAGAUCUGUGCAUUUCAGACUCAGCUACUUAUUACUGUGCAAGCAGCAACUCAUUCUUGUUGGAGUUUGCAGAGGGCACCAUCGUCAACGUAAAAGGCUCAGGUUUGAACAUCCGACCUUCAGUCCAGCAGUCGCCGUCUGAGAUCAUCCAACCAGGAGACUCUGUGACUCUGAACUGUACAGUACACACUGGGAUCUGUGAUGGAGAACACAGUGUUUACUGGUUCAAAAAUGAAGAAGACUCUCAUCCAGGAGUCCUUUACACCCACGGAGGCAAAAAUGAUCAGUGUGACAGGAAACCCAACACACAAACACAAACCUGUGUCUACAACCUGCCGAUGAAUAACCUCAACCCGUCUCAUGCUGGAACCUACUACUGUGCUGUUGCCUCAUGUGGACACAUAGUGUUUGGAAAUGGGACCAAGUUGAGCUUUAAGGAUGAGGAGAACAUUGGUGCUUCUGUUGCUUAUUUCUUGAGAGGGGCCUUUACAUUCACCUCCUUUUUGAGUGUUGUAUUGGCUUUCUCAGUGUAUCUGAUGAACAAGGAAAACUGCUGCAACUCUCCAGAGUCUCAAGCAAACUUAUCAAGUUCAGAUGUAAAGGGUCACCGACAUGGAGAAAACAUCUAUAACGCUGCCGCAAGUGUCAACCUGACCAACAGAUCAAAAAGCCAGAGGGAUCCUACCUGGAGUGACUGCAUGUACUACAGCAUAAAGCAGUAGAACUGUAUCACUGUUUCAUUUGCUUUCGAGUAAGACAGGAUUUCUUUUUUGGUUGUGUUCAAUGUAGAAAUAAUAUGAAACAAAUCCGCUUUUAUCGCUUCUUUGUGGCCUGCAGCUGAAAUAUAUAUCUUUGCUUUUAUAAUAUGAUUUAGGACAUGAAAAUGCAGAUUAAAAUAUCCAUAAUGCAUGCUUAGAAUGUGUUUUGUCUGUAGGGUCUCAAGCAGGUCAUGUCUGCUAUGAUGUUGUUUUUAUUCAUUAAGUGACCUGAUGCAGAAGAAGUAAUCACUCGUCCUUACUGAGGGUGAAGAUUGUCUCUGACUUCAUGUGUUUUAACCUCAUUGUCGCUCAACAGAAUCCUGUGUGUGUUUUUGCAUUUGAGCUUUAAGUCGCUGAUGAUCAAUAAACAUAAUCCAAAG